AUGGACUGGACAGAAUACAGCCUGCCGGUUUUGACAGUACUUUUCUACUCUCUUUCCUGCUGUGGAUUAUCUGUGUUGUGUUUUUGGAGUAUUCAGAUGGCAUGUUUUACGGUUAAAGGGAUUCCCACCACUGGGAAAAGUCCAAGAGUGUGUCCUGGAACAGAGUGAAGGGAGGAGGAGGGAAGAAAGCAGCAGUUUCUCCCCUCAUCUUUGCCUCCGCAGGCGUUUCUUCUGUGGAAGAAUGGGGGCAGGAGCUCUGACCAUCUGUCACAACAAGACAGCAGCGCUGGUUAAAGAAGACAUGAAGAAGAUGGUCAACAUACCCAUCCUGAGACCCAGGACAGUGACAGCCAUGCACACCAGGCUGUUUGGAGUGUCCCUGCUGGAGCUGCAGGAGAAGGGCCUGGUGGAGGACGGUGUGCCUUUGGUGAUGCGGAGGAUGGUGAAGCAUCUCAGCACACAUGCCUUGAAUCAAGAGGGUCUGUUCAGAGUGAAUGGGAAUGUGCGUGCUGUGGAGACCCUGAAACAGCGGCUGGAGAGUGGAGAGGAUGUGGACCUUCUCUCUGAAGCCGACUCGUGUACGGUGGCCAGCUUGCUCAAACGAUUCCUCCGGGACCUGCCUCAGGGUCUGGUCGACUCAACAGUCCAACAGGCGCUGAUACAAAACCACCAAG